CGGUCAAUGGCGAUGCUGCUAGAUGUUCUGCAGAUUGAUGAGUAUUGUGUAGAAGAAAGAAUGAGAAGUAUGAAGAAGGAAGAGAGAGAGAGAAAGAGAGAGCGAGAACUGAGUAGAGCAGCUUGUUAAUAAGGUGCCUGCGACGAUUGCGCAUCAAGUGCCCGCGUGCCCGCGUGCCCGCGAUAUUGUUAUUGAGCAAAAAUCAAACCACAGCCAUACCUUCACCUUUGCCUGGCUUCUCGGGACGACUGCAAAAUGACCGAUGAUGAUUUCGGAGGCGAUACUCAACUGAAUGAUGCCUUUGAAACUGCUCAACAGAAUGUUGAACGCAAUACCCGACGGUCUGAUCCAGAUGCACCAAAGGUACAGCAGCCGAAACCUCAAGCUCUACCAUCUCGUGCAGGACCAACCUCAAUUCUUGUUUCAACACGCCAAAAGGGCAAUCCGAUCCUCAAUAGCGUGAAGACGGUACCUUGGGAGUAUUCUGAUAUUCCGGCUGACUACGUGCUCGGCGCAACUACUUGCGCCCUUUUCCUAUCACUUAAGUACCACCGCUUACAUCCGGAAUACAUCUACAAUCGCAUUCAGAAAUUACGUGGCAUGUACAAUCUUCGAAUCUUGCUCACGAUGGUCGACAUACAGAACCAUGAGGAGCCUUUAAAAGAGCUAUCCAAAACAUCCUUGAUCAACAACGUUACUAUAAUUCUCUGCUGGAGUGCACAAGAGGCUGGGCGCUACCUAGAACUUUAUAAGACAUACGAGCAUGCCGCCCCUACGAGCAUCAAGGCACAUCAAUCUACCAAUUAUUCUGAUAAAUUGGUGGACUUCAUCACUGUUCCGCGCAGUAUUAACAAGACCGAUGCGAUCGGUUUAGUUUCUAACUUUGGAAGCUUAAGGACUGCAGUCAAUGCUCAGCCUGAGGAGGUCGCCCUCAUCGCUGGUUGGGGGGAAAAGAAAGUGCAACGAUGGUGCAACUCUGUCAGAGAGCCAUUUCGUGUCCGCAAAGCGGCUAAACGCAUCUACUCAACUGAGCAAACUCGCGCCUCACUCUCAAGAGAGCCGUCACAUCGAGACGGCGAAGGCCCCCCAGAGGCUGCUGCAGUGGGUCCAACGGUCUUGGAUGGACCAUUUGGAUCCGAAGAUAGUCAGCGCCCUGGAAAAACACAUGACAUCGCGGAAGAAGUGACUUCUGAGCAUCAGGAGAUUUUACAGAGCAAAGCCGAGUCUAUAGGUGAGACGUCUGCGACAGUCUCGAAUCCUGCAAUGACAAAGACUCAAGAGCAAGAUUUAAGCGAAGGUGUAAUGGCUGCACUAGCGAAACUACGGAAGUCCUGAACGUGUGCAUACUAAAAGGAGAACUUCUGGUAGUCCUUGUGGGCAGCGGCUCAUAGAAGCUGAGGUACCGAUGGCCUUUUAUCGAAGAUCCGAUCAUGAGUGGGUUCGAAAUAUAAUCUGCGAGGAAUGGAAAGCUGAUGCGCCAAAGAAGCUUUGGGUUAAAACAACUACAUAUGUGAAAUAUAUGUUCAUGGGCGAGCCAUAUUAGAUUUGAUGAGAGCUUUAAGUACUCUUAGCCUUUAUCCGCACCUUAGUGUCAUAGAAAGUAUCAUUAGAGUAUUAGAGUCCUCACUUUCU